CAGCAACAUGGCUGCAGAUUACUGGGAGACACGGUCAGACUGAACCGAGAUAACCCGGGACGAACCGGGACGAACCGAGCCCUCCCGGUGUGCAGUCUACGCUGGCUGCCCCGCCCCCCUCAGCAUCACGGCCCCCCCUGCCCCCCCUCAUGGAGAGGAUGAGGAAGAUCAAACGGCAGCUGUCUCUCACCCUGGGCAGGGGAGGGGCCGGGGGAGGAGGAGGAGGAGGAGACAGGACGCUGAGUGACACCAUCAACCCGGAUGUGACGUCACACAGCGACUCAGAGGUGGGCUCUAUGCGUGCUUCAUCAGGAGGAGUGAAGGUCAGAGGAUCGUCUUCGUCAGUUCAGUCUCUCCUUCAGUCGUACAGCAGCUCACUGAGAAGACCUCGAGGUCUGGGACGCAGCCUGAGCUCCUACCUGAACCACAGCACCAGACUGGAAAUCGUUCACGAGGAUGUGAAGAUGAGUUCAGAUGGAGAAAGUGAUCCGGCUUCUUCUUCAGACGACGUUCAGAGUCCAGUUAGAGUCCGACUGAGGAACAAGAAGAUCUCCACUGAGGACAUCAACAAACGUCUGUCGUUACCGGCUGACAUUCGGCUUCCAGACGACUACCUGGAGAAGUUUAACCUGAUGGGUCCAGCCCUGUUUGAGCAGCCAAUCAGCAGGCGGCUGCGUAGAGUCUCUCUGUCAGAGAUCGGUUUUGGGAAACUUGAGACGUACAUCAAACUGGACAAACUGGGAGAGGGGACCUACGCUACAGUCUACAAGGGUCGCAGCAAACUGACUGAAAACCUCGUGGCUCUGAAGGAAAUUCGACUGGAACAUGAAGAAGGAGCUCCGUGUACUGCGAUCAGAGAAGUGUCUCUGUUGAAGGAUCUGAAACACGCCAACAUCGUCACGCUCCAUGACAUCAUCCACACGCAGAAAUCCCUCACACUGGUGUUUGAGUAUCUGGACAAAGAUCUGAAACAGUACCUGGACGACUGUGGAAACACCAUCCAUGUCCACAACGUCAAACUCUUUCUUUUCCAGUUGCUUCGAGGUUUGUCGUACUGUCACCGCAGGAAGGUUCUUCACCGAGACCUGAAGCCCCAAAACCUGCUGAUCAACGAGCGAGGAGAACUCAAACUGGCAGACUUUGGUUUGGCCCGAGCGAAGUCGAUCCCUACGAAGACGUACUCCAACGAGGUGGUGACGCUGUGGUACCGACCGCCGGACAUCCUGCUCGGCAGCACCGACUACUCCACACACAUCGACAUGUGGGGUGUUGGCUGUAUCUUCUACGAGAUGGCAACAGGUCGACCUCUUUUUCCUGGUUCCACAGUGGAGGAAGAACUUCACUUCAUCUUCAAGCUGCUGGGUACGCCCACAGAGCAGAGUUGGCCUGGGAUCAAUUCUAAUGAGGAGUUUGUGACGUACAACUAUCCUCAGUACAGAGCAGAGAGACUGAGCAACCACACACCCAGGCUCAGCAGUGACGGAGUGGAGCUGUUGGCAAAGUUCCUGCAGUUUGAAGGGAAGAAGAGGAUUUCAGCAGACGAGUCGAUGAAUCAUCGUUACUUCAGUAACCUUGGAAACAGAGUGCUGACACUUCCUGACACGAUGUCCAUCUUCAGUCUGCCCGAAAUUCAACUAGAAAAAGAAGCAAUCAGACCGACAGUCGCAUCUGAGCCAGCGAAUAGUCCGAACCGGAGGCGGAGUCUGCUGUUCUGACAACAUCAGGGAGGCGGAGCCAGCUGAGGAUGGGACGAAACAAAGGGAGGAGAUGAACGAAAAAAGGGAACGAUGAGGAAUGUUUGUUUUACUGGAAGAGAAACUGAAACCAGAAAGAGGAGAAGACCACACACACACACACACACACACACACACACACACACACACACACACACACACACACACACACACACACACACGUACACACACACACGCACACACAUGUCCUGCUAAACGUCUGGAUGCAAUAAUGAAUCACAG